GAGGAUAAGAGGAUAAGAGGAUAAGAGGAUAAGGCAUCGAUGUCGUUGAAGUUAGGUAGGCACUAUGACUAUGACUAUGACUAUGACUAUGACUAGCGACUCUUGUCACAAUGAAAAUGCUAAUGCUAAUGCUACAGUAAUGCCAAUGCUACCUUAGCCGAUGACAGAGUGGAGUAGAUUUUGACUUCUGAGGAAGCCCCAGCGCCCCUAAGGUAGGUAACUCGUCUGAACUCACUUCACUCCACUGCCACUCUACUCCACUCUAUUCUCUCCAGCUUCCAUUCGCUCCCCGGCAUCACAGCAUCACAGCAUCUCAGCAUCACAGCAUCUCACUUGCUCCCUUUGAUACACACUCGCUCAUGUUGCUGACUCGUGGCGUCUCCUUUCUUGCAUCUGAAGGCCAAGCGCCAGUGGUUCAGCCACUGCACCUGCACUGCACUGCACUACGUCCUGCCCUGUCCUGUCCUGCACACCUCAACUCCUCCACACCGGCCUACUCCCCUCCACAUCCAGCCCAGCACUGCUGCUGCAAGACGACCAGCGAACGAACGAACGAACGAACGAGCGAACUCGAGGACCAAUUCGCUUCGAUCUGGGACGCAUUGCCCACGGGGAGACGCCUCAUCGGCCCAUUCCAUUUCACUCUCCAAUCCUUCGCCCACUCAGCCGGCCGGCCCCCUCUUGUACGCUUCACAUCCACACCCUCGUCCGCUCCUGGCAGACAUACUCCGUCCCUAGGCUUCAGAUCUUUGCCAGGUGUCUGUCGACCUGGCUAAUUGCCCACAACCUGCUUCGCGAACACAAGAACCCCUCUUGCGCUGGAUCCCGCACUCGUACGCCCUCACCUCGACACCAGAUUCCUCGUUCAUCCGACCGUAUCUGUUGAUCGUGGUCGUCGCACUCACUCGAUUAUCGAUGCUACACAAAACCACUAGAUUUUCAGACUUCACUUCGCAUGGGAUAUAAAGUCUCCAGAAGGAGCUUGUAGCAGACCAGACCGUGAUGUCGGUUCAGAAUCCUUUGACUCCCCCAAACGAUGGUUCCGCAGAGGCAGGCGCUUUCGAGAGUGGUGUAAUAUUCACAUCAAUAGCGAAUCAAUUCCCGGCUCACGGACCGUUGGGAACACCCGCCAGUAUGGGUAACGAUAGUCCCGAAGAGAGGGCGGAUGGGGGGAGUAGGGAGUCACCCACUUCGAGCGAUGAGGAUCAAGACAUGUCGGACGGGGGCGCUACCUUGACGAUGACACUUUCGCAUGCCGAGGCAUUGAAUAACGAGAUGGAUAUGCUGGAUGCUGAAUUAAUGGGCCACAACAACAUGAUGGACAUCUCAGGUGUUGACCCAUACGAUACAGAAUUAUAUAUCAAUGGGCUAUCAGACGACGAUCCCCCGAGCCCAUGGUCGAUUUCGGACGGCGCGCAGCAGCCACAGGUUUUUCCAAUACCUGGAAAUCUGUCGCCCGCAAUGUUGGAAGUAACGCAAGUACUGCAGCAUUUACAGGAUGGACAGAAUGGACAAGAACAUGAGGAGUUAGCAGACGAGGUGGAUGACUUGCAUGGGGAACAUUUUCAGCACAGUACUCCCUCCAUUCUCUUACCAUUUUUCCAGAAUUUCCAGAAUUCGAGUGCCAGCGUUGGUGGUACCCCGCCAAGCUAUGUUUCCAUGUCCCAAAUUGCUCCGGCAACUCAGCCGACGACGCAGCAGGCGUGGCCUGGCUCUUUGGAAGCUUGGAUGAACCCCUCCCAAGUCCUUCCUCAGUCCUCCCAGGUCCCUAACCCAAUAAUUCCUCAUGUUUCUGUGGCGGAUCUUGAUGAAAUGUCGGAUGCUGACCAUCCCGAAGUGGAAGACCAGGCCAAUCUCAGCCUCGCACAGUUCCUAGAAAGCUGGGGCACGUCUGCUGCUUCGUCCAAUGCUCGAAGUACGGAUUCCAGACAUCGCGCGAGAGGACCGUCAUUGGCAUCACUUCACGAGCAAAGACGUGAGAGGCCAAAACCGAUGGAGCGAAGCGAUCUUCAAGGAGAACGGUGUGACAUUCAAAGAAUCAAUUGGGGAAGUCUUGGGGUGAGUAGGGCAAUGGCUAGGCAGCAAAGACGAGCAACGUACAGGAACUACACGAACUUGAGGAUGGAGCGGCAGUGGCAUCCUCGUCUCAAUGGUGCCCGCCUAGAAGAUGACCAAGACUUCUUCAGAUUCCGACGUAUGGAUUUCAACCAUGAGAUCAACUUGGCUCACUUUCAAUUGAGAAAUCUCAUGGCCUGUGCAUCUCGUGAUCAUAUUUUCUAUGCAGGGAGAUCAAAGAUUCUACACUGGAACCCUCACAGCGGCUCGCCUCACCCCGAUGUGGCCAUGGAUCUCACCAAUCCUACGGUGCAACCUGCCCACUUCCUGCCUGCCCCGACUCGUGGAAUACAGCUGUCGACAUUGACUGUUGAUCAUGACAUUCUCGUUGGUGGCGGGUUCAGUGGAGAAUACGCCUUGGCAAAUUUGAGAGCUCAGAAGGAUGCACCUCACACGGAGGGGCUUGUCACAGAAAACACUAACAGCAUUACAAACCACAUUCAGGUGCAUCUCGCGCCGAACUCUAACGCUCCUUUGGUUGCUUUUGCUUCCAAUGACAAUUACAUGCGGGUCCUCGAUGUUGGCACGAACACAUUCAUCGCGUCACACCAUUACGACUGUGCGAUAAACUGCACCACAAUUUCUCCAGAUCAACGCCUUAGAGUCCUAGUUGGCGAUACGGAACGAGUCAUGAUUUGUAAUGCCGAAACUGGCGAAAUCUUGCAAAGUCUAGAUGGUCACAGAGACUACGGAUUUUCAUGUGAUUGGGCAGAUGAUGGCUGGACGGUCGCAACUGGUAACCAAGACAUGCAAGUUAAGAUCUGGGACGCCAGAAAGUGGACGAACAGCUCUGGACUUGCUCAAUGCGUUGCUACCGUAGCAGCUGACAUGGCAGGUGUGAGGAAACUCAAGUUUUCACCGCUGGGGUCUGGCAAGAGGGUCCUUCUCGCUGCCGAGCCAGCGGAUAUCAUCAGCGUGAUUGAUGGAGAAUCGUUCACUAGCAAGCAGACAUUGAGCUUUUUUGGAGAGAUUGGUGGUGUGGACUUCACCAAUGAUGGGCAAGAUCUCCUCGUUGCCAACUGCGACGACAUGAGAGGGGGAUUGAUGCAGUAUGAACGAUGUGGUCUUGCCACACAUGGGCUUUACGGUCUCGAGAACUAUACUCCUGGGCGGAAUAGUCGAAGCAGGCGGCGAGGCGAAGGUCAUGACUGGAAGCGAACUGAUGAGGAAGUGGUCAGGCAUCCCAGAGCGAAAGGAACCGAGGAGCAGCGACACAGAAGAGCUGCAAAGCUUGGUGUCGCGAUGGGAUUUUUCUAGAUGAGCGAGCAACACUGUACAGACCGCUGCUCCUCACUUGGACCAAGCCGCAUCUCAACUUCAAGGUUGGAUUUUCUACUCAGCGCCUUUAUAUAAGUUUUCCUUUUUGUCAUUUCAUGAUACCAUGGGUCGGGAUGGACACGAACUAGGGGAUGGCGCAGGAGUUUUGGUAUCGAAUAUCUCACAUUAGAAGUCAAGGACGGGACAGCGUCAUGCACUCACUCAGACACGGUCAUAUCCACUACAUUCUUGAUGUAUGUUACGAGUAUGUUUGCCGCAUACAGCAUUUCCAGGCGUCAUUCAGUCCUUCAUUUACCUUAUAUGUUCCUUUCAGGGAAGGGCAAGGACGGUGCAUCGGAUAGGUGUGAUGCAUGGUGAGCCCGGUGCUCGACCUGGGGAGGGAAGUUUGCAUUGUUUUCUUCAUAUGGGGGUUCUUCAGCAUGGAGUUUUCGGGCAAUGCAGGAGGAACAUUGCAUUAGGGAUAUAUACACUUGGGAAGGAUACGAUACGAUGCGAUACGACAACUGCGAUUCUUGCGCGUUUUAUUCUUGAUGAUAAUACAUUCGAUGGAUUACAUUCAUUUCUCUGCCUGGAUGUUUUCAACCUUUCCACCAGUGGAGAUAGCAUGGGAGAUAAGCACUGAGAAGUACUUCUGGUACUAAUACAAGCGAAGAGGAGAUGAGAGAGGAUAAUCGUCGGCGGAUGGGUGGGGGUAGUUCUAGGUAUAUACAACUUGUGGUAGUAAUUGUUAUAAAAGCUUUUUCUGAUCCGAAUCAGCCUCAGUGCUUUUGUUGAAUCGAGAAAUGACCCGACGACAACCCUAUGAAGUCACGUCGCGAGGCGAGGCCCAGGCUCCAGAUUUCACGAUCUUCACUUCUCUAUCCUCUUCGGAUCUUCCAUCAAUGUUGCUAGCAGAUCCUUUGCUACAAUGAAAACUCAACAUCUUCCCCUUUUCCCUCCUGAUUCCUGAAACGAGUAGUGUCAAGUUUCAAGUGUAAAUUGACUUUUCCAUUUAUUCACGAUGUAACCUCAGACGGAGGACAAUGCAGACCAGGCUCGUGCUCAUUGUAAAUUACUGUAAUGUAAAACUUAAUUGACUGUGAAGUAUAGACAUAGAGCUCCGUAGUGGCGAGAUAGAGAAUGCUAGAAGUGCCGAAGAUCUAGAAAGUAGGUCAAUGAUGUGCCAAGCGGGAUAAGGAGACUUCUAGAAUUGAAUACUGCAGUGGUGUGAUAUUUGUUUCCUGUGCUGUUCCGGUUCAAGGCGAAAGUAGGCAGGGAGGGACAGAAUCGAAUGUUUGCAGGACAACCAACAUUAUAGAAGAGUCAUAUUGAUCAGGCAUAUAGGUUAAUAAUGUAGCAACUAUGAAUGCAUGUAUGUGUGUUGA